AUGGAGGCCGAGAUGGGCGACUCUAUAACCCGUGAUCUGAGUGACGAAGUGGAUCUGAAAUCCUGGAGAUCUAUCAAGGAAAGCUUGGACAGUUUCUUGGUGAUUUUGCCCACUGUGCUGGGCUUCAUCCUUUCCCGCCUUUGUGGGCACCUGCCGCUGCUAUCCACGAGGAGAUUCCUGCUGGAGUUCUUUUUGAUUGGUCUACCCACCGUGAUUUUGGUCACCGUGGGCAGCGCCUUUAGUCACAGCUAUUCCCUGGUGGUUUCAUUGGCUGCUGUGGGCUAUAUCUAUAAAAGGAUCCCACCCAAAACGACGAACUUUAAGUAUGAGGUGGGCAAACGACCCAGAGUCUUCACCCUGCUGCGGGCCACGGCCUACAGUGGAACCUGUGCCGCCAUCCUGGCCGUGGAUUUCCCAUCGUUUCCAUUUGAUUACCGAAAAAGCAGGACUUUCGGAGCCUCAUUGAUGGACAUGGGCAUCGGCCUCUUUGUAGUGACCAUGGGACUGGUUUCACAUCGAACGAGGACGACGGCUGAUCUAAAGAAACUAAAGAGAUCAGUUCUUCCUUUACUGGUUUUAGGGUUGGCACGCACCGUUGUUAUCGCAGCCAUCGACUAUCAUCAGGAUGAGACGGAAUAUGGCAAGCACUUGAAUGCCUUCUUUAUCCUGGGCUUCACGAAACUACUGGGUAGCUUUUAUAGUCUGCUGGUGAAGACGGAUGAACAGCUCCUGGGACUUUCAUUGGGGCUGCUUUUCCUUCACGAACUGGUGCUCCAGUUGGGUCUCUCCGAUUUUGUUAUGUCUUCCGCACCCCACGACGGAUUUUUCAGUGCCAAUCGGGAGGGUUUGAGUUCCCUACAUGGCUGCGUGGCUCUCUAUCUGCUCAGCAUUUACUUUGCCAAGUGGUAUACCUCGCAGGAUCACCUUAGUUAUCAAGGUUUAAUCAUCAAGCUGAGAAAAAUACUCUUUGUGGCCGUCCUCUGCUGGCUGUUGACUUUCACAAGUGCCCAUUUAACAGGCAUUGCACGUGUGACUUUUAGUUUUGGCUAUGUGAUUUGGAUUUUCGCAGUGUGCCUCAGCCUCAUUGUGAUUUUUGCUUAUUUCUUUGAACUUCAACUUGUUAGGGCAGACUUUAGUAAUAGGAAAUCUUCUGGAGAUGAUAAGGAUAAGAGCCUACCCCUGCCCACCUUUGUGGAGAGCCUCAACACGAAUGGUCUGACCCACUUUAUGCUCUCCAACUUCCUCACGGGCAUGGUCAACAUGUCUCUGGACCCGGGUCAUCGAAACGAUUUCGAGUCCGUUUCCAUACUAUCCGUCUACAUGUUUGUUUGUUCGGGAGCGGUGUUUAUUAUGCUGAAAAAGGGUGUACGACUAGCUUAGGCCACAGAUCCUACGAAAAAAAUUGUGUGAUAAAUGUUUGCUAUAUAAAAAACCUCAUCGAAACUAAUCUGGGUAAAAGUUUAUAUUUUAAAUUGACCACACAAUUAAAAAAGUAUGCAAUAGCGCAUACAAUAUGUGCAAA